AUGCCUGCAUAUGAUUUUCCAUCGACAUCCGCCCCAAUUCAUCCAUCUGAUGUCCCUUCGACAUCGGAAGUGCAGUUUGAUAUUCCGCCGGCAUCCAUCCCUCCAUUUGAUAUUCCAUCUACGUCAGAGGUUCGUCGCGAUGAUAUUGUAUAUCGACGUAGGCGACGACGACAGGGUCAUAUUGAGACGCAGGAAGGGAUACUACCAUCAGCUGUUGAGCAAAGGAUGGAGCCGAUUGUCGAGGGCAUCGCCAUCGAGCAUAUUGAUCAGAUGCAUGUCAUUGAGCCCGUGCAGCCUGAGAUGGAGCAUGACAUACAUAUUCGAGGACGGAGUCGAGGACGCAGUCGUGGACGCGGACGUGGACGUGGCAGGGGACGAGGGCGAGAGCAUAGGAGGGGGAUGGAGGGGACUUGAUGUUUUUUAUUAUUUUUGAGAUUCUUAUAUAUAUCAAAUGUAUUUCAGAUCUUUCUACAUUGAAUUUUUAUAGUAUUAUCUAAAUUUAUUCAUAUUAAAAUGUGUUGAUAUUGGUAUAGCUCAUUUUGUAUGUUUAAAGUGUGGUUGAAGUUGGUGUAGAUGAUUUUAUGUAUUUAUUUCUGUAAUUGAAAUGCUUGAAAACAUUGCUUUUU